AUGCUUUGCGCAAUCUCCGGAGAAGCGCCCCAAGUCCCCGUUGCUUCGCGCAAAAGCGGCAACGUCUUUGAAAAGCGCCUGAUCGAAGCCUACAUUGCCGAGCACGGUAGCGACCCCGUAAACGGCGAAGAACUCUCUACCGACGACCUAGUCGAGCUCAAGACCGCGCGCAUCGUCCGUCCACGCCCGCCGACCCUCACCUCGAUCCCAGCCCUACUCUCUACCUUUCAGAACGAGUGGGAUGCCGUUGCUCUAGAGACGUUCCAGCUCAAGCAGCAGCUUGCGCAGACGCGGCAGGAGCUGAGCACCGCACUGUACCAGAAUGACGCGGCGACGCGGGUGAUUGCGAGGCUGCAGAGGGAGAGGGACGAGGCGAGGGAUGCGCUGUCGAAGAUCACGAUUAGUGCGGGAGGCCCGGCUGCGGCGAAUGGUGAUGCGAUGCAGGUGGACAACCAGGGGCUGCCGGAGGCGCUGGUAGCAAGAGUGCAGGCAACACAGCAGAAGCUAUCAAGCACGCGGCGGAAACGACCAGUACCUGAAGGCUGGGCGAGCGCCGAAACAAUUCAAUCCUUCGACUCCGUGCAGACGACGGAUCCAUUGUACCCUCAAAGUCGGACGAUGGCACUGGACGAAACCCGCGAUCUAGUGCUCUCAGGCGGUGCGCCCGGUUCCGCUGCGGUGUACUCCAUUUCAAUGCAAGCAGAAGCGUCGCGGCUUUCAGGAGUCAGCGGCAGUGUUACUGCCGCCCUGUGGUUCGGCUCUCAACCAGUGCUGGCAACAUCUACAGGAGACGUCGACGUCUUCGAGCAGGAUGGAACAAGGGCUGCGCAUCUUGGUUCACAUGCGGGCGCAGCAACCUCAUUGGCUUUGCAUCCCAGCGGAGACAUCCUUGCGUCAACGGGCGUAGACAAGAGCUUCAUACUAUACGACUUGUCGAGCAUGACGCUCCUCACACAGGUCUUUACAAGCUCAGAGAUAACCUGCGGAAAAUUUCAUCCCGACGGCCACCUCUUCGCCGCCGGCCUCAAAAGCGGCAAGAUCCAGCUUUUCCAGACCGAGAACUCAGAGACUGUCGCCGAGUUCGACGCGGGCGGCCCUCUCCAUGCCAUCUCCUUCUCCGAGAACGGCACCUGGCUUGCCGCAGCCGUACAGGGCGAAACCAGUGUCAGCAUCUGGGAUCUCCGGAAGCAGGAGGUCAUCAAGGUGCUGGAUGUGGGAAGUGCCAUUGAGGGCAUGGACUGGGACUACACGGGACAGUUCCUGGCGGUCGCGGGGCCUGGCUGCGUUGCCGUGGAGCAGUAUUCCAAGGCGUCGAAGAGCUGGUCGGAGCUGGUUAGGAAGGCGAUUCCGGCGAGGGCGGUCCAGUGGGGUCCGAAUGGCUAUUCGCUUGUGGCGCUGACGGCGGAGGGUGCGCUUAUGACGCUUGGGGCUGCUGCGUGA